AUGGACGCCCGGUUCAAUCCAGAUCAAGAUAAUGUUGACUGGUCUCUCAGUGCUAUCAUCGAAGCUGUGAAAGCUCUAUUGCGAUAUCUUGCAAUUCGGGCCCUACGAUGGUUUCAGCGUCAAUUUGGCUGGUUGAAAUGGCGGGGAAGAAUCACCAUGCCCCCAAUUCGACCCCGACGCCAUGCGAUUACUAUUGAAGUAAUCUUCCAAGAUACUGCUCCAAACAGUCGGAAGGAACAAAAUUUGAGCCGAACAUCUCGCAGGGAAACGGACGCUUGUCCUCCACUGGUAUCCGAGGAGGGCCGAAACAGCGUUGAAAGCCCCAGGGAGCAAUUACCUUCGAAAUUUGAGACCGAUUUUGAUAACAAAAGCGUCAUCGGUCGAGGAGGCUUUGGAUUGGUAUUUUCUGCCAGAAACAUUAUCGAUGAGCACUUCUAUGCUAUCAAGCAAAUUCCUGUCGUUGACGAGCCAAAUGCCAGGGAACGUGCACGGAGUGAGGUAUUAGCCAUGGCCAGACUUAGUCACCCAGGCAUCGUUCGGUAUUUUGGAUCCUGGGUAGAGACUGCGUCUGAGAACCGGCAGGAAGAAAACAAAGAACAAUCGCGAGCGCAGGAGGCCGAGAACAGCGUAGCUCAAGCGUCUGAAGACCAAAUCGAGGCCGUAACAGCUGACUACAACGUUACUUCCAACCCGGAAACACUGAUUGAAUUUCGCCCAUCCGCUACUCCCGGUUUCGAUCGUCGAUCAACCACCACAUCGCCCAAGCAGCCGCAUGUGCCCUACGUCUAUUACUAUAUUCAGAUGGAGCUCAUGGAAACUACACUAGCUGAUUGGCUGGAUGAGAACCGGUCGAUCCAAAGCAGAACUGUAGAUCGCAUGAAGAAAUGGUUUCUACAAAUCCUCGAGGCUACCGCUUAUAUGCAUGAUAACGGAAUUGUGCACCGAGAUCUCAAGCCAGCAAAUAUUCUCUUUGUGAUGGGAGGAAAGAAGAGCGUGCUGAAAAUCAGUGAUAUGGGGUUGGUAUCCAUCAUCCCUGCCGUCGACAACGCUUCAGUAGGACCACAAACCACUAUGUUGACGACCGAUAUAGGUACCAGAGCUUAUAUGAGCCCCGAGCAAAUCGCAGGCAAAGCCUACACUUCGAAAAUCGAUGUGUUUGCUCUUGGGUUGAUCCUAACCGAAAUGAUUUUGCCAUUCGCUACGCAUUCUGAACGAAAUCCUGUGCUGGAGGGGUUGCGCGAGGGGCGAAUUCCCACAGACCUGGAUCAGUUACCAAAUGAGAAAGAACUCGUGACGAUGCUAUGUGCCAUAGAUCCCGAUCAGCGCCCUUCAUGUUCCGAAUCACUAGCCUACAUUAAGCGAAAUGCAAAGGACGAUGUGCCCGAAAAUCAUGGGAUCCGUGCUGAAAGCGAUUUCGUC